AUGGGGAAAGUAUUCGAUGCCGCAGAGGUGGCUAAACACAACACCAGCAAGAGUUGCUGGGUGGUUCUCUACGGAAAAGUGUACGAUGUAACUGAUUUUGUCUCCGAGCAUCCUGGUGGCGCAAAUGUGAUUCUUAAAUUAGCAGGCAAGGACGCAACCGAGGAAUACGACCCGGUUCAUCCUUCCGGCACGCUCGAGGAGAAUCUGAAGCCGGAGACGUUUCUGGGGACCAUUGAUCCAGCAACGAUAAUUAAAUCAGAGCCGCAGCCUGGGGCCUCGGGGAAAACCGAAGAGUAUCCUCCCGUUCAAAGUCUCCUCAAUAUGGACGAGAUCGAAGAACUUGCCACAAAGAAAGUGAGCAAGAAGGCAUGGGCAUACUACUAUUCGGCUGCCGACGACAAGAUCACCAAACGCUUUAAUACAGAAGCAUUCCGCUCAAUUCUCUUGCGACCCAGGGUCUUCAUUGACUGCACCGAAUGUAGCCUCGAGACAAAGUUGCUAGGCAAUCAGGUAUCGAUGCCUAUCUACGUCUCACCGGCCGCCCAAGCACGACUGGGACAUCCUUCGGGUGAAGCAGGGAUUGCCGAAGCAUGCGGGAGUUUCGGUGCUCUCCAGAUUAUCUCGAACAGCGCUUCUAUGACGCCAGAGCAGAUCGUUGCAAAUGCUGCACCGGGACAAGCUUUCGGCUGGCAACUAUACGUGCAAGACGACCGAAACAAAAGCGUAAAGAUGAUCGCUCGUGUGAACAAACUCAGUGCGAUUAAAUUCCUCGUUCUAACUCUCGACACGCCGGUGAUGGGGAAGCGCGAAGAUGAUCAGCGUAGUGGCAAUGUCAUCAACGAAAUUACCGAGAUCGAAGCCCCCGAAGGCUCGAAAGAGGCGCUUGAGAAGCAAGUCUUUGCGGGAAUGGAUCCAUCUCUCACAUGGACUGAAACUCUUGCUUGGCUGGAGAAGCAAACGAGUCUACCGAUCGUUCUCAAGGGUAUUCAAACGCAUGAAGAUGCGUAUAUUGCCGGCUUGCAUCAAUCGCGAGUCAAGGGGAUUAUUCUCUCCAACCAUGGAGGAAGAUCCCUUGAUACAUCGCCCCCAGCAGUUCACACGCUGCUUGAGAUGCGCAAAUAUUGCCCCGAGGUCUUUGAUAAAGUUGAAGUCUGGAUCGACGGUGGUGUCAGGAGAGGCACCGACGUCGUCAAGGCCCUUUGCCUGGGCGCUAAAGGUGUUGGUAUCGGCAGGCCUCCGUUGUGGGGCCUAGCUGCUGGAGGAGUUGACGGUGUGAAGAGAACAUUGCAGAUCUUGGCCGAUGAGACCAAGACAUGCAUGCGACUACUUGGCGUGCAAAGACUUGACCAGCUUGGAAUGCAACAUAUCAACACACGGCUAUUAGAACAGCAGGUGUACGAUGGCCCCUCUAACCUUGCAGGGUAUCGGGUACAAUAUUCGUCAAAACUCUAG